AUGAAUGCCUCUAACAGUAAAAUUGAUCAGCAGGUUGCAGUUCCAGGUGCAGAAACUGUAGCCGGUGACCGAAUACUGCACCAAAACAAAAAUUUCGUUGGGUUAUCAAACCCAUCAACAACACAGCAGACGAUGGCUUCAUUACCUCGGUUUCUGGUUGUUAAAAAACAAAAUAAUGAGAAUGGUGAGAACUUUGAAAAAGUUAGCCCAUUCCUUAUUUCAAAAACUUUAUAUGGAUUAAUUGGCGAAACUAAUUCAGUGAGAAAAAUCAAAGAUGGAUUACUUGUACACGUAAAAUCUAAUUGUCAAGCUAAUAGACUAUUAAAAAUAACAAAAUUUAAUGAAAUAGAAGUUGUAGUUGUUCCACAUAAUACUUUAAACAUCUCCAAAGGCGUAAUCUUUUGCCGAGACUUACUUAACUGUUCAGUUGAAGAAAUAAAAGAUAACUUAACAAAUGAGGGAGUUAUAGAAGUGAGGAGGUUAAAGAAGAAAGUUGAUAACAUACUUACAGACACUGCAAAUCAUAUACUAACAUUUAAUACCACUAAACUACCAACAGAAAUUAAAAUUGCUUAUUACAACUUAAAAGUACGACCUUACAUUCCUCCACCCACUCGCUGCUUUAACUGUCAAAAAUUUGGACAUGUUUCUAGUAAAUGCAACAAAGAAAAAUUAUGCUCUUGUGGACAACUUCCACACGAAUCGACUGUAUGCACACAACCUAUUACCUGUAUCAACUGCGAAGGCUCACAUCCCGCAUAUGACAAAAACUGUCCAAAAUAUAAAACCGAAUCAGCCAUAUUAAAAAUAAAAACAACGGAAAAAAUACCUUACAAUGAAGCAAAAAGAAAAGUCAUGAUAAAAACGCCUACGAAAGAUGUAUCAUAUGCUUCUGCAGCAAAUAAAACUCCAACACCUAUAAACGAGAUUUUAAAAGAAAUAACACCGCAUCUGGAACAAAUGAUUGGUAAAAUUAUUAUCCAAGAAAUUAAUAAAUCAAUGAAAAAUAUUUCAAUCCCAUACCAACAACCAACUUCACCUUUCCUCCAACCCCUUCCUCUACCACCCCUCUUACAUGAAUCUCCACCUACUCGUAGAUCAGGAAGAGAUAAACGCACUCGCACCUAUAGCACAGAAUCCGGAGCUAGCGAAACUCCCUCCAACUCACAAAAAGAAAAAAUCAAAAGAAAAAAAAAGAAAGGAGGAUGGCCCCAAGGCAAACCGAGAGGUACCAACUCUCGAGUACAGAGCAACGAGACGACACCAUUAGAGUCUGAAUCAGAAGAAAUAGAUUCUAUUCAAGAUUCUAUCCAAGAUUCUAUCCAAGAUCCUAUCCAAGAUCCUAUCCAAGAUCCUAUCCAAGAUCCUAUCCAGGAUCCUAUCCAGGAUCCUAUCCAGGAUCCUAUCCAAGAUCCUAUCUCUUAA